AUGAAUAACAACAAUCAUCACAACCAAAAUCACAAUAAUAAUAAUAAUUCACAGGGCAAUCCUCACACAAUAUCUAAUUUAUCAGCAGGAUUAAAAUCAGUAUCACUUACGGAUCAACAACAAAAUGAAGUAAAUCUAAACUUAUUACAACAACAAUUGCAAAAUGAAGCAGGAAAUUCAUCAAAUUCAAAUAAUAUAGAACAACAACAACAAUUACAAUCAAGAAUUACACAAUUUUUUCAAAAUCAACCUACUGAAGGUUAUACAUUAUUUUCUCAUAGAUCUGCUCCCAAUGGGUUCAAAGUUGCAAUAAUAUUAUCAGAAUUAAAUUUACCUUUUAAUACAAUUUUUUUGGAUUUUAAUAAUGGAGAACAAAGAGCACCAGAAUUUGUUACUAUAAAUCCUAACGCGAGAGUACCAGCAUUGAUUGAUCAUUAUAAUGAAAAUACCUCCAUAUGGGAACUGGGAGCAAUAAUUUUAUACUUGGUACAAAAAUAUAUAAAGGAAAACAAUGGAGAAUGUUCUUUAUGGAGUGAUAAUUUAAUUGAACAAAGUCAAAUUAAUAGUUGGCUAUUUUUCCAAACAAGUGGUCAUGCGCCAAUGAUUGGUCAAGCUUUACAUUUCAGAUAUUUCCACUCAUGUCCUGUCCCAAGUGCUGUUGAGAGAUACACUGAUGAAGUAAGAAGAGUUUAUGGAGUUGUCGAAAUGGCUUUAGCUGAAAGAAGAGAAGCUUUAAUUAUGGAUCUAGAUGUUGAAAAUGCUGCUGCUUAUAGUGCUGGUACUACCCCAUUAUCACAAUCAAGAUAUUUCGAUUAUCCCGUAUGGCUAGUUGGUGAUAGAGCUACAGUUGCAGAUUUAUCAUUUGUACCUUGGAAUAAUGUUGUUGAUAGAAUUGGAAUAAAUUUGAAAGUUGAAUUUCCUGAAGUUUAUAAAUGGACUAAGUAUAUGAUGCGAAGACCUGCAGUAAUAAGAGCAUUAAGAGGAGAUUAG